AGACUCUUCCAAGAUGGCUGUCGGCAAUGAAAGGAGAAUCGUACAACAAUAAAAACUUUUGAUUUUGACAAAUUCUGACCGCCAGCUGGACCGGGUAGAAUCCGAGAUGGCGUCGGGUGAUAUUCAGAACAAGUACCAGCGCCUGGCGCAGGAGUAUGCAAAGAUGAAGUCCCAGCAUUCUGUUCUGAAGAAGGCUGUCAUCGACGAGCAAUCAAAAGUAGCAGAUCUGACGGAGUCGGUGAAGCUGAAGGACCUGUCCAUCAGGAAGUUUGAGCAGGAGAUUGACAGCCUGACGUUCCGUAACCAGCAGCUGGCCAAACGGGUCACCGUGUUACAAGAUGAGCUGGACUCUGCAGCUGUCAAGAAAAAGAACAAGUUCUUCUCUCCACUGAGAUCAACGACUGACUGGUCGACAAAAGGACCAGUUGAGCCAGCCCCUGUUGUAGCAGACCUCAGUGUGUUUGGAGAAGACCUGCAGAAGAAGAUCCAGGAAAAUGAGAGACUUCACAUGCAGGUGCACCAGGAGACGGAGGAACACCGGCAGGUGGUGGCCAGCCUGCAGCUGCGGCUAGAGCAGCUGGAGAAGGAGGCCGGUCAGCACCAAUCUGUCCUGGACUCCAUCCACCAGAACCACAAGGCCUUAGUGGACAAGCUGCAGCAGGAAAAAGCCAUGCUGGAGGUCAAAUUACAGAAACAGGAAACAGAUGUAAGAGAUUCCAAAAGGAUAGCUGACCAUUGUCAACAGCAGCUGAAGAGAGUCCAUGCUGACCUCAGUUCCAGGCUGGAUGAUUCCACUAAAGUCAUCCAGGAGAAAGUCAUCUUUAAUGACACCAAAUAUCAAGAACUAAAUGUGCUGAAUGUGCCAACUCAUGACAGAAAACACCAGGUGAAGGCUAAAGAGUUGAUAGGCCAGGCCUUGGGGUACAUUGGAGACCUGGUGUCUGGUAUGUCAAACUACCUAACGUAUGCAGAACAGAGGAGUCAGAUCUUCCCUAUGGACUCCAGCACAGGAGAACCUCUCAGUCCCACCAACAGGAGGCUGUGCCAGUAUCUGCACGAGAAUGCUUCUCAUCUGAGGCCGAUAGAACAGUCGUUCCGCUCAUUCCAUGAGGGUCUGAGGGAGGAUGCUCUGACCACGUUGGAAACUGCAACAGGCAUACAGGAUUUUUCAGAGAAGUUCCACUCAUAUGUUGCCUACAUGGAGAAACUCCUACCAUACCAGCUCAGAAGUUUGGAAGAGGAGUGUGCAGUUUCCACCUGCUCUGCCACGCUGGAGGCACGGAACAUGGAACUCCACGCCUCCCUGCCAAAACUCACCGCUACCCUCUCCAAACUGGACAACUACCUGUCACUUAUCGCCACUGCAAGUAAGUCAUCCAGGGAGCACCCACGGACCAACCAGGCAGCUUUCUUCACUCAGAUGGCUGCAGGACUUAAGCAGCUUCACGAGGUGUUAAAAGAGAUCUCCAAGCAUUACAACACAAAGGUGUCACUGGAGCACCAACUUCCCACAGCAACACAGAAGUUGAAGACAACAGACGAAUGUGUGGUGUCAUCCCUGGUGGCUCUGGUGUCCUGUACAGGGAAGCUUGCCCCCUUCUUCAGCAGCAACCUGGAGUUCUUCGUCAGCCGUGCAGGCUACCGUACGCGGGGCGUGAGUCUGUGCCGUGACACGGACGGACCUGUGUCCUCCCCAGUGGUGACUGACCUUAGGGACAGAGCCACCUCUUACAUCAGCAGGAUCAAGAGGCCCUGCCCAGAGUCUGUUCCUUACAAGACAGCAGUGUUGAACAGGAGAACUCUGCUCAGCUCCACAGAGAGUAGAGAGGGGCUAGCACAACAGCUGACCACUGCCCAGGAGAAGAUCCGGGGCCUUGAACAGGAGAAGGAACACUGGAUGUUGGAGGCACAACUGCUGCAGGUCCGGCUGGAGAAGGAGACUAAGCGGGUGUCUCAGCUGGAGGUAGAACUGAGGCAGCUGCAGGCAGGCCAGGUGCUGACACCAGCGCCCCCUGUGGAGGGGACACAAACUGCAACACCUGGAGACAGAAAGUCGGUAGGAUCAGAUGUGGAAACUUCAAUGCUUGGCAAACUGGAAAGUUCUGCUGCAGAUGAGAGUUCCGAGUCGGAGACCAGGGAACAGCUGAUCAAAGCCCACUUCACCGGCAGGGUGACGGAGCUGACGUCACAGCUGCAGCUGGCAGACAGCAAGGCUGUCAACUUCCACUCUGAGUGCCGUGCCCUGCAGCAGAGACUUGGCCUGGCAGAGAAGGCUAAGGAGAAGUUCCAGGAGGAGCUGCAGACAGCCCAACAGAAGAUCGCACAGCUGCAGGAUGAGCUGACCACCACGACCAGUAACUAUGAGAGCCAGCUGAGCAUGAUGAGUGAACACCUGUGCAGCAUGAACGACAAGCUCACACAGCAGAGGGACGAGAUUGACGCUCUCAAACUCAGCAACAAGGGAAGCAAGAAAGGGAAAGGAAGAUGAGAGAAGGCGUGAGGAGGAGAAGCUACAGAGAAUAAGUAGACCCUAAGCAACUUGUCGAUGACCUGAAAAAUGUAGUCAGCUGUUGAUAGCUUGCUUUUUUAUUGUUUCAUACAGCAGUCAAAACAAGUAGUGUAUCUAGCUCUCUUGACUUACGGGAGAUGGCAAAUAACAGAGAAAUGUUCUCUGAUCACUGAAAAAGGAAAUUCCAGAGUCACAAGUCAUCUGUAUCUUUUUGCAUUUAUUUGAAGCAUCAGGCUAGAAGCAUCCAUAGACAUUGUCACACAUGCUAUGCUAUGUGGUAACAAAUUAUGAAGUCAAAAUGUUUACUAGGUCAGAAACAUUAAGUUAUGAACUUCAAAUGAUAUGGACAUUUUGAUUAGUCUAUAAUAGCAAUUUUAUUAUCAGUACAUUGAAAGAUAUUGCUUUGCAGGAAGUUAAGUUUCCUUUUUCAAUUUCACACAUGUUCUGGUUUAUUAUACACCAAGUUAGCCACUAGCCUGGGUGCCAUCCGACUUGUAACGGCAACCCCCAAAAAAUUGGGGUUACAAAUCGGAUGGCACCCAGGCUAGUUAGCCACAGCUUUUCCAUAAAACUCUUAAAAGGAAGAGUAUUUAAUUUGAAAAUGGUACUAGAUAAAAGAUGCCCUAAAAUAUGAUCUGUCAUAUGUUCCUCUUGUGGAAAAGUAAAUGUACUUGUAAUUGGAGCAUGUGUAUUCAUUGUGUACAACAGUUGAUACUGUAAGAGUACUAUGUAGUAUUAUCUGAAGGAAUACAAUACAAUAUGAAAAUACUAAAAGAUACUUUCAUCUAUUGUAUAAUCAUACUAAAAGUACAAAACAGUGUACUAGUAAAUCUUUUUGAGAUUUGAGAGACUAUGAGAGGAAGUUUUAAAUUAAACAAUGAUGAUGUAUUCAGAUCAGUAUCAUAUAAUAUUUUUCCCAAUAAGGAAUAUCUCCUUGGAAUUUUGCCAAGGAGGAUUAUUUAAUACAUGUUACAAUUUUAUUUGUUAUUCAAGUAAAUUAUCCCUGGUUUUGGAAUUUGGAAGCUUGAAAAAAAUCAUGUCUUCGUUUUGUUGAGCAAUACCCAGUAUUAUUAAAUACAUGAACAAAUAUAUUCACAAAUUGGGCUCAAGUGUUCUUGAACCGGAACUUGGAAGUGAACUCAAUGGAUAUGUUACAUUUCUAACAAUUAAAUUGGGAGCAAUAGAAAUGGAAAUCAACAU